GCUACUGGUGACGAUGUCUUCAGUCUUUUUCAGCCCUGGCUUUGCCAUCAGCUCCCAUUUCGACUCAGAUGGCGCUCCGCUGAGUGAGCUGUCGUGGUCGUCGUCCCUGGCUGUGGUGGCUAUCUCCUUCUCGGGCCUCUUCACCUUCGUCUUCCUCAUGCUGGCCUGCCUCUGCUGCAAGAAGGGCAAAAUCGGCUUCAAGGAGUUUGAGAAUGUGGACGGGGAGGAGUACCAUGCGGAUCUGUCCACGCUGGCGUCACCGGCCUCCCAGAAUGGCCCGGAGGUCUACAUCCUGCCCCUCACCGAGGUCUCCUUACCAGUGGCCAAACAACCCGCACGAUCAGUCCAACUGCUGAAAUCAACAGACCUCGGCCGCCACAGUCUUCUCUACCUAAAGGAGAUUGGCAAUGGCUGGUUUGGGAAGGUUCUGCUGGGGGAGGUGAAUGCGGGUCUCAGUACCACGCAAGUCGUGGUCAAAGAACUGAAGGCCAGUGCCAGUGUCCAGGACCAGAUGCACUUCCUGGAGGAGGGAAAACCUUACCGUACCCUGCAGCACCCCGCGCUACUUCAGUGUUUGGCCCAAUGCACUGAGGUUACUCCCUACCUGCUGGUGAUGGAGUUUUGUCCACUGGGGGAUGUGAAGGGUUAUCUACGAAGCUGCAGGAGCGCUGAAACCAUGACUCCAGAGCCUUUGAUUCUCCAAAGGAUGGCCUGUGACAUCGCAGCAGGACUCUUACACCUGCACAAACACAACUUCACACACAGUGACCUGGCUCUGAGGAAUUGCUUGUUGACUGCUGACGUCUCAGUGAAACUAGGAGACUAUGGCCUAUCCCACUCAAAGUACAAGGAUGACUAUUAUGUGACAUCAGAUCAGAUGUAUGUGCCGCUGCGCUGGAUAGCUCCAGAGCUCGUUGAUGAAGUACAUGGCAACCUGCUAAUGGCUGAUCAGACCCAACAGAGCAACAUCUGGUCUCUGGGUGUGACUAUCUGGGAGCUGUUUGAGCUGGGCAACCAGCCCUACAGACACUACUCUGACAGACAAGUAUUGACCUACGCUGUGAGGGAGCAGCAGCUCCGACUGCCUAAGCCCCUGCUCAAAGUACCCCUGGCGGAGCGCUGGUAUGAAGUGAUGCAGUUCUGCUGGCUCCAGCCUGAUCAAAGACCCAAUGCAGAAGAAGUCCACUUACUACUCAGCUACCUGUGUGCCAAAGGAGCCAGUGAGGCUGAAGAGGACUUUGAAAGGCGCUGGAACUCUUUGCGUCCCAAUGCUGGACACAACAGCCACCGUGCUGCCUCUGCCAUGCCACCCUCAUCAACCUCUUCCUCCUUCCCUCUUCUUGAGCAGUUCUCAAAUGGUGAUGGCUACCACUCAGAGUCUGGGGAUGAUAUACUGACAGUCACUGAGACCAGCCAUGGUCUCAAUUUUGAGUACAAAUGGGAGCAGGCAAGGGCAGAGCAGCCUUACAGAGCCUCAGCCUCUUCUGGUACUUUGGGUCAGGUCAACCACCAUUGCCAGGAUGCAUUUUACCCACCAGGGGGGAUUGUGGGAGGCUGCCCAAUGGAGGGCCUCAGCCUUGGGGUCUCUCCCUCUUACUACGAGCCCAAACAGCUCCACGCUCCAGGGGUGGUUCCUGUCCUUAGUGCCCAUAGCCCCUCAGUAAGCAGUGAAUACUACAUUCGAAUCGAGGAGCCGGUAGACUGCAACAUUGACCUGGACUAUACCAUGUGCUCUUACAGUCCAGAGUACCAGGGCAGCAGUGGAAGCUUCCUUACUGGAAGUGCUGACUCGGGGGAGUGCAUUGCUUGCCCAACACAGGCUAAGAAUAUGGGCACCUAUUGGUCUGCAGACAUCCAUAAAUCAGACGUGUACGACUCACAUGAUUCAAGCCCUGCAAUCUCCCUGACAAUGGAGCCUCUUCUGGGUCAAGUGUCAGACAGCAGCCCCUUGAGACCAUGGGAGUCCGGCCACUAUGUGUCCUAUAAGGAUCGAGAUGGGGGUUACUACUAUGAACACUCACCCCCUAGGGGCAUGGAGAACCACUACCUGAUAGGAAGGGAACAUCACAAUGAGCACCAUCAGGAAAGCUGGGGGUCAAGGAGCCUGCGUCAGGCACUAGGAGAGUUGGAGAAUCCACUAGGCAUAUCUCCCUCUGUCAAUAGCCCACCUCAGCAAGCCUAUAUUGACCCUUACCUGGACACAAGCCAAAGCUCCAUCAUAGGAAAGAACGUGACUGGGGGCUACUAUGACAUGAUGGGCUCUCUGAGGAAGACAAUGCCCAACCACACCAGCCAUGUCAGGCACCACAGUCAUUCAGUCAGCAUCAACAUGGAGACAGAGGGGGCGCUCUUCAUCGGGCACAGAGACAGUGAUUCAGAGGAGGAAGAAGAGGAGGACAUAUUUAUUGAGAGGCACAGCUGUAACACAUGGCCCUCAAAACACAGCCACAGCAGUCUGGGUCACCAUAGACGAGCAAGCCAUAGCUGCAGACAGGACACUUAUGUAGAUUUCCACUACACAAUGCCUAGCACAGACAUUGAAGAUUCGUGGCCAGAGGAACACAGCCUGGCCUACCACUCUCUACCCAAACCCAUUGACUACCUUGAGCCCCACCAGGCCAAAGACAACAGCACCUGCCUUAGCUUGACUAAACACCACACAAUGGUGCCCUCAGAGAACUGUAAUGCCUAUGUCUACCUGUGCCAUGAGGGAGAGACUCAGGUGCCAGUGGCUGGAGAGUGCUGCCACGCUCACUUUGUUGACCCCCUCACUGGCUUGCUUGUGAGAAACUACAGCCACACCAACUAUGUCAGAGAUAAAGUUAUUGAUAUACCAAGUAAUGAAGAAUCAAUCAAUCUAUCACCGGCUCCUGGAGGUCCCAUUGUAGCCAAACCUGCCUUGAUAAAGACUGAUGCCCCUACCCAAGGCAUCACAGAGCAGUAUGUUGACCUUGCAAUUCAUGAUACUCCCUGCAAAGAGAAGAAGGAAGAUAUGAUCAAGGAAAGUCCAAUCAUGCAUAACUACACAGAGCCUAAACUAGAAGAAAUGACAUUGACAAUGACUAAGACCACUCCUCCUCCUACAGACAAUAUGCAUGCAAUGCAGGCCCUCAAAGAGCCCGUGUCAGAGUUGUGUCAUACCGUGGACAGUGGUGUUGACCGAAGUGUCGGACUAGCUGACAUCCUUGACUGCAGUGAUGACGAUGAGGAUGAUGACAUUACCGAUGACAUCACUGAUGUCACCUCAGGCAUCUUUGCUGAUGAGUCUAGUGAACUGAAUGCCUCACCUGCCUUUAAGCAUUUACAGAAACAGGUAGGAACUCCUGAUUCCAUGGACUCCAUGGAUCUGCCAUCUGCAGCCGGGUCUUCCGAAGGUUUCAGCCCUGCAUCCUCCCACCCUUCAAACUCACCUAAAGCUAUGGACAGUGGUUAUGACACAGAAAACAAUGAAAGCCCUGAGUUCAUCCCCAAGGAACCUCAUGAGCCCCGUGACCAACCUCAGGGGAAGUCUACCCUUGAUACUAGCCUGGAGGAGGAGGAGGAGGAGGAGGAGGAGGCUAAGGUGGUACCCAAAGAGAGUGAACCAUCACUGUGUGAAGAUUUGGCCUUAGUGGACUCACAGACUGGUGACCAGGUUCUUUUACCUCUAAGUGAUAAGAACCCAUACAGAGAUUCUGCCUACUUUUCAGACUAUGAGAACGAGAGGCUGUCCAGGGAUGAAGGGGAUGAACUGCCAGAGAAAGCAAAAUUUGAUGAAAACGUUGGCAAUGAACAAUCCAUAACAGAAAAGAGUGAGAAAAGCAAGAAUGAAGGGGAAGCAGAAGUAAAGGACAUUGUCGAGAACAAAGAGACUGAAAUUGAACUUAAAAUGAAAGAAAUGCAUAAUGCAUUAACAGAUUCUCCUCCACAAGAAAUAGAGGCAUACAUGACUGAGGAGUGUGGCCAGGAUGAGGGACUGGGAUUGUCCUUGGAGCCCUCUGACCCUGCCUCCACUGCUGAAGUAGGGCUGGAUGAAUGGCCAUCUCAAGAAGACAGCUCAUCCCUGGGAGACUGGGCAGCAGAGGUGGUGGGGGCCAUGGAGGAAGCUCUUGGUGCACUGAAUGGAGAUUGUACCUCUAGAGUCAAGGUAAAUGAAGAGGAAGAGGUGGACGCAAAAGACUCCUCUCAAGCUGUAGAAAGAGCAGAGGAGCCAGCAAUCAAGCAUAUUCAAAGCAGGUCUUCGGGAAUAUCUGGUGAAGUUCCACACACCUUACCAAAAGAUGAGGUAGCUUUGCAGCACACAGCAAACACCAGACGAUUUUCAUCCUCCUCUUCUCCACCUCCAUCAACUCCACCCCCUCCUCUCCCUGCAAUGGAGGGCCGGGUGUCUCCUGCUGAUGGGGAAGAGGCCGACGAGGAGGAUGGCGACUCGGAUGACAGCGAAGAGUCAGAUGAGGAGCUGCGGACCUACAGUGUGCAGGAACAGAGUGGAGGAGAGGAGAGUGAGGAUGAAUGCCAUCCGGUGCCCAUUGUGGUGAGUGACAACAGUGAUGCCCACAACCUGCGCAGCCUCCUCAAGAUGCCCACCCUGCUUUCAUCAGAGAGCCUGGAGGAUGAGCUUGAGCGCAAGAAGAAGGUGGUGUCCUUCUUUGACGAUGUCACCGUCUAUUUGUUUGAUCAGGAAAGCCCUACUAAAGAGCUGGCUGAACAUGGCUUCCCCCCAGGAGCAGAGGGUCAAAGUUCACAAAGCAAACCUCAUGAAAGGGUUAAUGCCUCAGAUGACUCCUCAGAUGGGAACAUCUCAGAGGAGAGUGCAGGUUAUGAGUGGGAAGAUGACUUCCCCCUGCUCCCUCUACCAACAUCCAAGAUGGCAUCUGACUCUCCUCCACCUCGCUCCAUCCCCAAGGCCCCAGACUCCAAACCAGUUGUGCAGUUCUCCCGCUUCACCGUCUCCCCGUCCAAUGUGUCCCGUUUCUCAAUCACACACGUGUCUGACUCUGAUAUGGACUCAGCAGGAGGGAGCAGCGAAGAUGGAGACAAGGAGUAAUGGAGCUAUGGAGAUCUACUGCCACCCUGUGACAACAACUUGGCCUACUAGCAUGACUCCUGAUUUAUUUUUCAAUGUCAGGUUUUAGAAACACUCACAAGACAGUGCCUCUUACCGUCUAUGGACACUUUGGAAGUUUCUCCUUACCACAAUGUGGGAGCGACCUAACCUGUUUAGAAUAUUUAAAAGAGUAUGGUAAUAUAUACAAUUUACAGAAUAAUAAUAUAUAUGUAUGUUGUAAAGAAUCUAUGACAGCAGGGGAAACUUGUAUGUCGAAUUCUGCAUAUUUUCUGAACAAAAAGACAGAAACUGAAGAAAAAACCUUUGGAAAGUAUCACAAGCUCACCGCCAUAUUCACCUAUCAUUUGUGAUGGAGAGUAUUCAUGAGAGUAUGGAACCAGCAUGGCUUACAAAUAAGACAGUUUGGUCAAUGUGCAUACUCCCACACACUGAAAGGGCACAACGCCGACCUUUGAUUUUGCAACAAAGGAUCCGUGUUUUGAACAAGACUGUACAGCUCCAGAGACUUCAUACUUUUGAGGAAAUCGCUUUACUUGUCAUAACGAACAUUAGUAAGAAUCCUUGAGGUAUUACAAUAUCAUGUAAUGUAAUGUUAAUUCAGGAAAAAGGGACAGCCGAGUGUGAAAGAUGAAAGAAGUUGUGGGGAGCUCGUCUGGUUAUGGCAUGGCUGUUUUCCUGCAAACAGCUCAUCUAACCUGGACAGUGCAUUUCGUGAUUCUUUUUUUUUUUUUUUUAUAUCAGGACCGCAGCUGUACUGUUUUACAUGAAUAUAUGGCUCAUAUGCUUUCUACCAAACUGAGUGCCAGCAUCACCACCACUACCAACCACUCUUUGUUGUACACUCUAAAACAUAUAGCACAACACUGUUGCUUUAGAAGAUUCCUUAGUGGCUCAAAGAGGUGGUCUUAAAUGUAACCCUUAUUAAAGGUUUGACAGGUGUUUCAAUCAUAGAAAUGCAUGGUUUCAAAUAACUGUAAAAGGUAACUAUCUGAUUUAUUUCAAAGGGACAAAAAGAGUUUGUUGAUUUUUUUUUUUUUUUGUUGUUGUUUCAGAGUUUAGGCAGGCAUAAAAGACAGGCAAAAACCCUUUUCACACUAUUGAGCCAAACUGAAUUUGCAGGAAAGUGAGACAUAUUUGGAUUACUACUUAUUACAUCUAGUUUCCAAGAAAUGAUGUGAUCCAGCACACUAAAAUACAUAUCUGCACAAUAGUUUGAAAAGACUACUAAAAAGUGUUUUUUGACUGCAAGGAGAUGAACUCAUAUGAGCUUUUGCGUCUGUACGUCAGCACACUGUACAUCCAGAAUUUCUCAUCUUCUCUCCAUUUCUAUAAUGGAUAUUACUUCCAGUAUUUGUAACAGAAAUGAGAACAACUGCCUGCCCGUACUUAGCAUAACCAUCACCUGCUGUAUAUUGGCUACACUGAGCUUGUUUGGAGCUUGUUUUUGUACUAUGAUUUCAGCAUUACAAGUUGAACUGUUGUACAUUUUCAGAUUAAAAAAAAAAAAUCCUUUACAAUUUGGUUAAUUUACACACACAAAAAAAGAAAAAAGUAAAAGAAGUCUAAGCAACUCGUUGAAACAGAAUAUUGUUUUAUAGUGCUUAAAUGCUUGGAGGAAACCACUUCUAAUAAAUAUCUUAAAAAAAAAAAAAAAAAAAAAAAGAACUUGAGCCACAUAGGUUUGACUUUAGGUGGAACAGAUCAAUUCAACCACAUCGUUCAGUGUUAGCCUAACUUGUCUGUUCAGCGGGUGGAGGGGUGUUGGCUGACAUCAUGACCUUGAAACGUUGUCACCCUUUGCUUUCUGUGUGUGUAAAUGUAAAGAAGCGACAGGGUGGUUGUCGAUUUCAGAUUUCACAGCACUCACUGUACCGCACCGCCGUCAGCUCCGGAGCCUCCAAGAACCAGGGUGCCACCGUCAAAAAGCUCUCUCUGAUGAACAUGUAGUGUCUUCUAAGUGUUUGUUUGCCUUCAGAGGCUUUAAUAUUCUGUAAUAGUUUAGCAUAGAACCAUCUAGACAGCUGUCCGUAAUAUUUUUGUAUCUCGACAAAAAGACUUUUAAGAAUAUUGAUGUACUGUACCUGUGGAAGAGAGACGGUAAAAAUAAGGUAUCUCUUAUGUUUAUUGUUGCCAAAGAGAUGUUGUUUUGUGGCCCAGGGGCAAACAGGAACAUGGCGGGUACAGUAGGUAUUGUUUUUACCCCAAAAUGGUGAGAGCAGGGAGAAAUAUGGCAGCAGCUUUGGCCUUGAACUGGUCGUGAAAACGAGCAGGAGUAGUUGUAGUUAGGGAGUUAGUAAUAUGUGCCCCCACACUGACUCGGUCACAUCAUUACUUUCUGUACCUUCUAUCAAAUAUAAAUAAAGUCUGUUUUACACAU